CCUUUGAAUGGUUUUGUUUUAGGGCAAGAUGGCGAUAGAUUUGGAGGAGGUCCGGGAGUGGCAACGCAAGCUCAGUAGAGCGGAAGCCUUUGUCAAGGAGAGUAAAGAGUUGUUUCCCAGGACCAAAUUGAUCCCAGACUACUGCCUCGUAAACCUAAUCGCGGACAAGAUGGAGCAAUCGAGGCAAAGGUUAAUGGCUUAUUGGGAUCCAAAGGAUCCAAACAAGAAACUGGAUGAUGCCGAACUGAUUCGUAAACUUGGCUUUCUCUCGGGAAUGAAGGAGGAGGUUGACCUUGCGAUAUCUACAAACAACCAAGAGAGGCUUUUUGGCCUUAUCUUGCGACUCUUAACUCGUCAAUCUUCGCCCAUUCUCGGCAUCGAUGUGAAGGAAUUGGAUACAGCUUCUGCCCUGGAAAGUGAGUUCCAAAGGGCCAGGGAAAAUGGCUACGAAGGCGUGCUCAUCCAGGCACUCUGCACGGCGAUGUCUUACCCCGGGUAAACAUCGUACUGAAACCUGUUUAUGGCAGACACUGGGAUGGAGAGCAAUCCUGCUUCAUGGUAUGUUUGUUCUUAAAAAAUGAUUAGCAGGUCGUGGUGGACAAACUUGUUCGAAGUAGAUGAGAUCUAGAAACAAUGCAAAGAUUAUGAAAUGUCUCCUUGAAAUUUAAACAGGACAAAGAACUAUUCCAUUAACUC